AUGCCUUUGAAAUUCUGGUUUUCAUCCGUCGGUCACUCUGUUGCUUUUAGGUUCGGCUUUCAGAAUGAGCAGAACUUGAACAUGCUCUUCCUGGGAGCAGCAGGGACUGGCAAGACGUCGAUGGCUCGUGCAGUCGCGAAGAUCCUCCGGCAUAUGGGGAUCCUUGAGAAGGGCCACCUGGUUGAAGUCUGUAGGAAGGACCUGGUGGCCGAAUACAGCGGGCAGAGCGCAGCUCGGACGGCUGCCAAGGUGAAGGAGGCGCUGGGGGGGGUGCUCUUCAUCGACGAGGCGUACUCGCUGAAGCACGAGGAGGGCAAAGACAGCUUCGGGCAGGAGGUGGUGGACACCCUCGUCUCCGAGAUGGAGAACAACCGCAAGAGGCUCGUGGUCAUCAUGGCUGGCUACACCAGGGAGAUGGCGGACUUCAUGCGCAGCAACUCCGGGCUGGAGUCGCGCUUUCCCCUCUCCUUCGAGUUCCCCAACUACAGCUACAGCGAGAUGGCGCAGAUCUUCCGCGUCAUGGCGCGGGCGAGGAAGCUGCACGUGGCGGUGGAGGAGGAGAAGCUGGUGGAGCUGAUAACUUCCUGCAUCCCCCGAAGCGUCGCAAGCAAGGGCAACGCAAGGUUUGUGCGCAACCUGCUGGAGAUUGCCUGCAUGCGCCAGGCUGAGAGACUUCUCAAACUGCCCAAGAGGACGCGAGAACAGGUAGAGGAGGUGGCGGAGAGAAGUAGGAGACUGGAGGAGGAGGGAAAAGAAGGAGCGGGGAGAGAAGGGUGGGGGAGGCUGACUCUUCUUCAGCUGAUGACGUUAGAAGGCGAAGAUUUUUCUGCUUUUACCGAGAAAGAAUUCGAAGGUGGGAAACCCUUUCCUAGCUACCCGCCUCUCCGCAUGCACCUGUCCUCCUAG